AUGGGAGCUGCAAGAAGGAAUUAUAUGCGGGUCGAUGCUCGCGUUCAAGCAAAGCUGGCCCUUCUGCCGCCCCAGGAGCGAGUCCAAGCAGUGGCAGCCGCGCUUGAAGGCCGCUUGGAUGAGGAGGAGUCCGAGGAGGAAGACCCUGUGGAAGACGACGGAGUAGAGAUUGGUGGUGGCCUCACUAACGAGAGAGGACCGCAGAAAGAAGCCACGGACAAAGUUCUGCUGCUUGGGAAGGACGCCCAAGAACUUCGCGUCGUCCAGGCAUUUACGCAGAUAGACGACAGCGCAAACUGA